GGUGUCCUCAAUGGUAGUUACGGCCCUGCUGACUACAUAUCAAACCUUUGUUGAAGGGUAUUGAAGUAAGCCAGGUAGGAACCACUGAAUGUCACUUAAAGGUGAAUCAAGCAGUAGCCGAGAACUUCCUUCGAACAGGUGGAGAAAGUUAAGACGUGUCAAGCAUCAACAUGGGUCGAAUGCAAACAAGUUCUGCAGUUAUACGGGGUCUAUGCAUUAUAUGGUUUGCUGUCUUUGUCAUCGCUGCAUUUGUACUGAACGCGUCUGACUUCAACGUGAAAGGCAUAUUCUUUCCUAGGGAGUUGCGUGUUCCACAGUUAAACACAGUGACAAAAGUGAAAAUUGAUCCAUGUGGCAAGCUGAAGUUGUGCCCUGAUGAGCAAUUUAGUUUUUCCAUCUCCAGUGGAGCAGCCAGUGUGGUUCAACCCAAAAUCUGCCUACAGAACCAACUGAUUCUUGGAAAUCCUAACAAAAAUUCCGGUGUAGGAAUUAACAUUGCUGUAGUAAACGGAAAAACAGGAAAAGUACAAGACACUGGAAACUUUGACAUGUAUGGUGGCGAAAUUGAGCCUUUGAUCAAGUUUUUAAAGACCAUUGAGAAAGGAUCUGUGGUGUUGAUUGCAUCAUUUGAUGAACCAGCAACCAAACUUAACAGUGAGGCCCGAAAGUUGAUUGCAGAUCUUGGCAGCUCUGCCAUCAAUUCAAUUGGCUUCAGAGACAACUGGAUCUUUGUAGGAGGAAAAGGAAUAACAAGCAGCCACAUGGAGAAGCUCAUUAAAAACAAACCAGGAACAAACAAAUAUGACGGCUGGCCAGAGAUGAUUGAACUGGACGGAUGCAUACCACAGUAUAUGGAAUGACUUUCAGAUUGUUUUCUGUAUUUGUCAUGAAAGAACAUUCUGUGAUUCCUCAAUCAUUACUCAUUGCAGAAAUAUAAACAUCAGCUUUUGGAUGUUAAGCCCCACUCACUGUCUCACGUCUGUAGAAACUGUGAGACUCAUUUCUCUUGAUUUGAAAUGUUGGUUAAUAAAAUAAAAUGCAGUUUAAGUCUGUCGUAAGAA